CGUGACUUCUCGUUUCGGAGAGUCACUAUAAUAGUCUCGCACCGAGAACCAAAAGUACCCCUCCCCUUCCCCAAUUCUCAUCACAUUCCUGUACCCAUGUGUUUCGGAGCCCUAAGAUCCGUCGCCCGACCCGUUUCCAGAGCCAUCCUCUCUCACCGUAACGCCUGGCCUUUUUCCUCCAUAGCGUCUCCUGCCACCUUAUCAUCUCUAUCGCCUGAGGUCCGGUGGAUUUCCGGCCCUAAGCUUCCCUGGAUUCCGCCGUCCUCCGCCUUCCACAGCCUAACGGACACUCGGUACCCGAAGCGGAGACCCGUCGACAAGCCUAAGCGCAAACGACCAGUCCCGGAACCUCCUGGCCCCUAUUCUGGUGUUCCUAGGCGAUUGCCUCAUGAUCCAAAACCUCAAAAGAACCCCAAUCAAGGAAGUGUUAAGAGAAGGAAUGAGAAGAAGAGAAUCAAGCAACGCAAGGCUUUUAUUUUGUCUGAAAAGAAGAAGCGCACGGCGUUAAUGCAAGAAGCAAAAAGGAAGAAACUGAUGAAAAGAGUGGAGCGAAAGAUGGCUGCAGUUGCAAGGGAAAGGGCGUGGGUUAAAAGACUAGCAGAAUUGAAGAAGCUUGAGGAAGAGAAGAAGAACAAGAAGGAGGCUGCCAUGGUUUAGCCUUUCUCCUCUUUGCAAAAUGCUAAAAGGUCCAUAACAAGGUUGGUUGCUUUAUAGUUAUUGUUGCCCCUUUCUUCAAUAUUCGUUAAAAUAAUGGAAAUUUCAGUUUGUUAAUAGAAUAUUUUGUUCGAAAUGGAAAUUUCAAAGGAAUUGAAGUUUGAUCUGAGUGAAUUCAAUUUCAAUGCAUCUCCCUUGGAACUUCUUGAAAACCACCUCUUCCUUUCAUAGCAGCAGUAAGGUUCAAUCAGUGUGUUAAGCGAGAUACAAGUCGAAUUUAGGAUAAAAGCUAAACUAAUAC